ACGUUUUUGUGUGCGUGUGCGUGUUUGCCUGUGCGUGUGCGUUUUUGUUCGUGACUGCUAUACUGUAGCUUGUACUUCGAAUGUUUUGUAGUUACUCCAAAUGUUUGUAUUUCACUAAAACCAAGUAAAUCGAAUUCGUUUGAAGUGGUUCUAAAAGACGACGGGGAGAAAAUAUUUUUCAGCAAUGGACUUUAUCAAUGACAGUCCAAACAAUGACGAAUUAGAUUCAAAAUGUCGAUUUUUAUGGGUGGGCAAUCUGCAUCCAAAAGUGACUAGCAGAAAUUUAACGGAAUUGUUUUAUCAGGCAGGACCCAUUGAAUAUGUUGAGUUCCCUUUUGAUGAUCCUGAUAUAUGUGAAAACUAUGCUUGGGUAGUUUUUAAAUAUGCAAGUUCAGUGGACGAUAGUAUAAAGUUGUAUCAGGGUACUACAUUGUAUGGGCUACCGAUUAUAACAAAAAGCUAUUCACAGCAUCUUGAAGACCCAGUUUUUGAUGACCAACUUAACUAUUUUAAACAAUUAGUUAGUGUUGAACGUAGUCAAUCAAGUGAAAAUAAUUCCAAUAGGAAUAGAUGGAAUGAUCAAAGUUCAGAAAGUAAAAUCAAUAUUCCAGAGAGUUUACCAGAACCACCAAUACAUCAUUUUAUUAACUUUGAUGACGAUGAAAGUUAUAGCCGUAGAUCAGACGCCAAGUCUAGAUACGGCUAUAAUGAUAAAUCCUCAAAACAUAAUGACACUUAUACAAUAAAUCAUGACCAAAGCUAUGAAAGUGAACAUGGAUCAACUGAUAGAUCUUUCCGUAGUUGUGGACGUUAUCGAAAAUCAGAACAUAACAGCAGUGCUAGUUCUAUGAAAAUGUCUAAUUUUAAUGAAGAUUCAUUUGAUAAUCAAAUUUAUAACCGCAAACACCGAAAUUAUAAUGGUCAUUCAUCAUCUAAUUGGAGAGAAAAUUCAAAUUAUAAUCAAGAACCUUCGUACACAGAUGAUGAUAAUUUUGCUAAUGUUGUGCCAGUGCGUAAUCUAAGAGAUACUAUGUUUAAAAAACGAAAACAUAUGGAUUCAGAAUAUUAUCAUGAUACAAAUGCCAAUGAAAAAGGUUCAUCUUCAUUAGAUCUUAGAGACACUAUGCAUCAUAAUAAAAAUAGGCGGUAUGAAAAUCAAGGACAACAUGAAUCAGAUUUUAAUAACCGUUGGUCAGAAAGGAAUAAGAACAAACGUGGUAAUAACAAUUUUUCAAGCAAUAAAAAUAAUAGAAAUCAAAAUAAUUAUACUAAUCAAGAAUAUAAUGAUCAAAGUUUCAAACAAGAUAAUUUUCAAGAAUAUAACAAUGAAUAUCAAAAUAAUUAUAAUGAUGGUUAUAGACGUGAUAAAAAUAAAUCUAACAACUAUAAAUACAAUCAAAUGCGUUCACAGAAUAUGGAAUCUAAUGGCCGUCAACAAAGUUCCUACAGCCCAUACAAAAGGAACAAUGAUGGUUAUGAUAAAAAGCCGUAUACGAAUUCAUAUACUCAACGAGGUGGCCGUAGUCGUGGUAAAAAUUUUAAUAGAGGUAAUGACCGAUCAAGACAAAAUUAUUAUUGAUAAAAUUAAUAAAUAAUUAUUUAU